AUGUCCAGCCAGAUCUGGUCAUCACCUCGCACUGACUACACCAGCGUGGACGCGGAGGCAAUGCCACGCUCCCUCAGAGCCGAGGCCUCGGAUAUCGCACGCAGCUUGCUGCCCUGGUUCUUGGCCGUGCUGCUGGGUGUGCUGACGGCCAUCACAGGCAGUUGCAUCGCCUUAUUCUCCGACUUCCUCGGGGAUGUGCGCUUUGGCUUCUGCCGCGGCAUUUUGCUGGCUGACCGCAACAGAUGUUGUGGAGGCUCAGAGAACGUGGACUUCGCAAAGGAAACGUGCCACCAGCCUGCGAUCGGCGACGAUGGAGUAGCCUGGAUCCCUUGGGCAAGUCUCUUUGAGUUCAGCGGCAGCGGGUUUGUGCUGCCGUGGCUCAUGUACGUGAUUGCCUCAGUGAUGUUCUCGGGCCUGGCGGCGUAUCUGGUCUACGAGUACGCGCCCACGGCCCGGGGCAGCGGCAUCCCGGAGGUGAAGGCGGCGGUGUCGGGCUACGACCUGCCCCUCACCUUCUCCGGCAGCUGCCUGCUGAUCAAGGCGCUGGGCUUGAGCCUGGUGGUGGGGGCGGGCCUGUCCUUGGGCAAGGAGGGCCCCCUGAUCCACAUCGGGGUUUGCAUCGCCUCCUUCUUGCAGCGGAUUUGUGGCGCACUGGGCCUCAGAAGGGCUGGCAUGCCCUUCCAUGAGAUGGCUUGCCUGGGCGCAGCCGCCGGCGUGUCCACCGCCUUUGGGGCGCCCCUGGGCGGCGUGCUGUUCGCCGUGGAGGAGCUCGGCUCUGUGAGGAGCCUUAGCCAACGAACGCUGCUGCUGGCCUUCCUGGCAGCAUUUGCGGCGAGCUUCACACUCAAAGCCCUGAAUCUCACGGGAGCCAACAGCCUGACCUUGUUUGCCCUGUCGCUGCCCACGCACACUGCACGCAAGGAGUGGAUUGCCUGGGAAAUGUUUGCUUUCUUCCUGACGGGGGUCAUCGGGGGCCUGGGCGGGGGACUCUUCGUGAUGGCCAACAUUUGGUGCACCUCGCAGCGCCGCCAGGCGCUGAAGCAAGGGCGUCUCUGGUUUCUGCCAGAGAGCAUCGUCUCGGGCAAGCAACGGGGCACACUGAACGUGCUGGAGUGUAUCUUGAUUGCUUUGGUCACCUCCAUGCUGAGCUUUCCUUUCACGCGGCUACUGCGGACCCUCUCCACAGAGGCCAUACAUGCGCUCUUCGAGACCUGCCCCAACGAUCUGCCAUUCCACCUGGGGCUUUGCGACCCCUCCACCGGCAACUUGUCAAACAUGAGCCUGUCGGCCAACAUGACGCUCUUUGCGGCGGCCGUGAUACGCCUCAUACAGACGACCUACACCUUCGGUGCGGCAAUUCCCUCUGGGCUGUUCAUCCCUUCUUUGUAUGUGGGCGCCACCUUGGGUCGUUUGAUCGGCAACGUCAUCAGCACUGUGGCCAGCUCGUUGUCGCCCUUCCCGGUGCACAUCGAGCCUGCUGUCUUUGCCAUGGUAGGUGCCAUCAGCAUGCUGUCCGGCUUUUGCCGCAUGACCGUCUCCCUUGUGGUGAUCAUGUUCGAGCUGACAGGCGAGCUGAACUACAUUGUGCCCUUCAUGUGUGCGGUGCUGGCAGCAAAGCUGGUUGGGGACAUGAUGACUCCAUCCAUUUACGAUGCUCACGCAAAGCUUAACGGCUACAUCCCGGUCGAGGAUCAAGCUGCCAUCCGAUUUGAUACGGUCCUGGCGGAUCUUUGCAAGCCAAGCAGCUCCUACUUCAGCUCCGUGAAAGCUUUUGUGGAGGCCCUAGGUGUGCCCGAGUCUGACGUGGCGGUGCUCACACCCCAGGCUCCGCUGCUCACGGCGUACUGUGCAUUUCAGCACAAGCCGGAGCUGCAGUACUGCAUUUGCGCUGAAAGCCGGCGAUCGGGAAGGUUCAGCUACAUCUCGCGCUCGGACUUCGAGAAGGCGCUCUCAGUCUCCAACUUCCCGCUGUCCAGAGCCACGCAGGAGGACUACCAAGUGCAUCGAGACUUCGAUGACGGCCAGGAACCUGCGUGUGGUAUACUCAGGUUCUGGGGCAGGUCGGUCACCCAGCAGCAAAACAGGCCCGCCGUGGUAGUGGGUGCAUCCACAGUCACUGAUCCCGUUGAGAUGCAGCGUUUCGCGGACCAAAGCCCCGAAGCAGAAGACGAUGGCGAUGCUUGGCGGUGA